AAGCGUGGGGCUGGCUUAUGUAACAUGCCGUGUAAGAGUUGACUGGGUCCGCCUCUAUCCAUCCCAGCCCCUCCACCUCCCACCGCGGGAUGCCACAACAUGUCUUACCGAACAUUAAUUUCGCCACAUUAACGCCAUGCCAUUUAAUGUUGAACAACGACAAUGUUUUUAGUAUCAUCUUGCUUCAAUUUCAAGCGUAAGGAUACUGCAAACAACGUACUUGUUUCAGCAUAAGACUUAAAUUGGAAAAAGGGUGUUUGAGUCGGUAAGUUCUGUCCGGGAGGGAGCCGCAGAGCGUGUUGCUGAGCAGACGGGAACACUUGAACGUGGAAACUCAGCUAGAGAGGAUGCCAACUACACGCAGCAGUGGUGGUAGAAGGAAGGAGCCUACUCUUAGAGUGGAGCCACCCGCCAAGAGGCAACGGAAGGCACCUGUAAAGGCCAAGAAGGCAGAGCCAGUGAAAGAGCCAGAGCCAGAAAUCGUUGAAGAGCAGGAAGAAGAAGCAGAGGCAGUACCCCCUCCAGUAGAAGAGAAAAAAGAGAAUGGUCAGACUAAUGGUGAUGCUCACGAAGAAGAGGCAGAGGAGGAGGAGGAGGAGCCAAAGACUGAGGAGAAUGGUGUAGCUGCUGAGGAAGAGGAAAAAGAAGAGGAGGAGCAGAAGGAUGAAGAGCCUAUGGAAGAAGAGGAACCUGCUAAGGAGGAGGAAGAAGCAAAAGAGGAAAAGGAAAAUAAUGAAGAAGCAGCACCAGAGGAAGAGGAAAAAGUAGCAGAGGAGCCAAAAGAAGAGGAAGCGCCCAAAGAAGAAGCUGUUGCAGAAGAAAAAGAAAAUGAACCAGAAGCCCCUGCUGAGGUGGAGCCAGAAGCCCCCCCUGCUCCAGCACCCACCAAAGGCAGACGUGGCCGCAAGCCGAAGAAGGUUUCUGUUGAGCACUGCAAAUCAUGAAGCGUGUUCAAACGGAAUGCUGUUCAGGUGACUGACAGCAUCCGUUCCAUGUUCCCCAAUAUUGAGGUGGAACUCAAUCCAAAAAAACCACGCUCCAAAACUUUUGAGAUCACGGUAACCUUUGAGGAUGGGGAGUCUGUCCUGGUGUGGUCAGGCCUCAAGAAGGGACCACCACGCAAGCUCAAGUUUCCUGAGGCAUCAAAUGUUCUCACCAGUAUUGAGGAACUUCUGUAAACAACUACCAGGAAGAAGACAAUGAUUUACCAACACUCUGCUAGGAAUGCCUCAUCUCUUACUUUAGCAUUUUUCCCCAUAGCAUGUUAUCAAUAUCUUUCCCUUUGUCAGUUGUGUUCUCUUUUUGUUAAGAUGAUGGAAAACUAAAAAGCAAGGUUACAUGAGUUGCUUGUCUGGUGGAGCUGUGGGACAAGCAGUAAUUGACAUGACCAUGUGAGUCUGUGAGGUAACUCAUGUCUGGAUUAGCUCAGUUGUGGGGCAACAUAGAGUGGCCAGGAUGGUUUGCCACUAAUGUAUAAGUGUGAACCUAUUGAAGGUUGCCUGCUAUCUCCACCAAUGCUUACUGUAGUAAUACAUAUCUAAGGAAGUGGCUGGCUUAUGGGAUAUAUUUUCCAGUAUCUCACUAUUUUUGUAAAUUAGUAUUUGGCUGACGAGUGUCUAGGGCUGUGAAACUUGUAAUGAAAGUUAUGAAAUCUUCAAAUAAUAGAAGAAACUCGGACUGUAAGAUAAGCUUCGAGAACUUAUAAGGUACUACUGGAAUGCUUUCUUUAGCAACAAGCAAGAAGUUAGUAUCCAAAAAAUAAAGUUUUAUUUAAAUGUCAUACAUGCAUCUCAUCUGUGUACUCAGAUUCUUUUCAGUUGACAGAUUUAGGGUAUUGGAAUCACCACAAGUCGCCAUGAGUCAAACAUAUCACAAAGGAAACAAUGCACAAUUUCUUAUCUUAGAUGACAGAGGUUAUCCUGUAGAGCUGCAUUUUCUCAUGUUCUCAUCUGUCUAAAGCACUAAGCAUAUCUUUUAUAAUGAUGCUGCCUCAGUAAUGUCUGCAGUAUUCAAGUUUAUUUCUUAUGAUAACCAAGAUCUUAGCUAAUUAGUUUUUCUUUCCUUAUUUUUUUAUUUUUUUAUUUUAUUUAUUUAUUUAUAUAUUUUAUUUUAUUUUAUUUCAUUUUAUUUUAUUUUAUUUAUUUAUUUAUUUAUUUAUUUAUUUUUUGAGCUCCAAAUAAUGGAUACAUCCUUGUCAACUUUUGUAGUGUGCAUGAAAAUCGGGUGUUAAAUUCCUUGUAAGUGAUUGAUUAUAUGAGGUUACUUGUCACAAGAGUCCAUGCACUGAUUGGGAGUGCCAUCACCUGGUGUGGUAUUUCUCUUCCUGUUGAAAAGUUCUUUGACAGUGAUGAGUAGAGUGGGCCUUGCCAACCCUUGGAGUGUGUUGCUUAUUAAUGCCCUUUAGAUGACUAGUGGUGGGUGGCCUGGAGAGACAGGGAAGGUGACUGAAGUAGACCUGUGCCCAUUUCUGUCAGUACUUGUUACUGGUAUUCUUCAAACCAAACAAUCCAAUUUCCGAAUUAAUAUUUCUUGAUAAAAUGAGUUAUUGAAGUUUACAUUAAAUUUAAUUUUAAAUUUAAUUUUAGUUAAUUUGAUAAAGAUAAAGUUUGUCAUAUUAAUGCCUUGAAAUCUGAUCCAGUUUUGGUUCAUUAGGGUUGGUUUCUGUUACAUUGCAGUCCAUUAUUCCUGUAGAUAUUCAUGAAAGAUUAAUUUAUUUCCAUGCAUCAGUUUUCCUAAGCAGAGUGUCAUGAAAGGAUAAUCGCCUGUGGCAGGCAAGGGACUGAGUUCUGCUGGGUGCUCCUGCAAUGAAGGUCGAGGGUCAAAGCUUUGCUCCCCAAAGACUGGACACCUUAGAGCACCCAGGCAUGGGGCUCAGUGGCCAGAGCCUCCUCCAGGUGAUGCACCGCUAAGUCACUGAGUUUUGUGUCCCUGGUAUUUUUUAUCAAAUGUACAAAGUUCGUAGGUGCUGGCAGUGGUGCUGGACAAGUGUCACCCAUGGUGCCUUGUGCCGCGCCUCUAGCCAGGACCAAUGAACACAGACUCUCCAAACAGAUACUGAUGUAGGUUAAGAGAAUCUUAGAUAGUGUUUUUUGAUCCCAUAUGUUUUGCUAUGUGAUGUGUAGUUUUUGUAGUCUUGUAAGUAUACAAAUAACAUUUUAUUUUUGGUCUUUUAAGAAUUUCAUUACAUGAAAACUUUUUCCCCACCAAGUGGUGCUUAGUUCAUCAUAAUUAUAUAUAAUGUUAUGUUACCAGAGAACAGAAUAGUUUUCUCACAUCUUUUACCUUUAGAUAUCUAUUUGUAGAAAGAAAAUAGCAAGUUGUAGAUGUGUAUUAAACUUGUGUUUGUAAGAAGGAAUCAAAUUGUAAUUUUUUUUUUUUUUAAGCUGCAGAUUGUUCAGAUUCUUAUUUCUCUUUGGUCACCAAAGAAUAUUAUCUUGAGUUAGUGUUAGUGAUAUUUUAAAAUUAAAGGAAAGCUACACUGUUGCAAUUAUUUCCUAAAAUUAGAAAUUUGUCAAUUAUUGAGAUUAAAAAAACGCACAGUU